AUAAUUUGACAGUCGAUUUGCUGACAGGGGAGGAAUUUGCAUCCUGGAUUGGAAAAAAAAAAAAAAAGGCCGAGAGGAGCUUGGGAACGGUUGCUAGGGCUCUGCUAGCCCCCCGGCCCACCCCCCCAAGCGGACACUGGUCUUCUGGUCGGAUUGCCCAUGCACUUGUUGCAGAAGCAGCCAAGGCCGCGGCUCUGGAGGAUGCUGAAGGAGCAAGAUGAGGAAGCUGGACACCUCUGAAGGAUUAGACCUCUUAAUCCUCCAACAGAACCAGGUUUCCUCUUCGCACCUGCCCAGCAGCAUGAAAGCAGCAUGACUGGCCGGCCGCAGGAGAAGCCCCCAGAACCAGGCCCCCAACUCAGCCACCUGCUGCGGAGGUCCAGGCGUGAGCCGUGUCUCCUCACCACGGCGGUGUGUGGUCCGUCCCCCAGCUCAGGUGAAGAUGUAAACCCACACCCCACUGUGCGUAUGAGUGGUACUGGCCAACAGGAUCACCUGGCUCCAGCCACAUUCCCAGACAUGACAGCCGUGGAGUAGGGCGGACACUUCCUUGCAGCGUCUCAGGGUUUCAGGCCUUCUGGGUUUGCUCCAUUUACCUUCUUAUAUGGUUUUGUGGCUGGACAUUCACAAGCGAGGCCAACGCCAUGGGGGAUCAACAACUGUACAAGACCAACCAUGUGGGCCAGGGUGGUGGUGAGAACCUUUUCUACCAACAGCCACCGCUUGGCGUCCCCAGCGGGCUGAACCACAACUAUGGGAAUUCAGUCCCAGGGAGCGGAAUGGAUGCCCCACAGGCCUCGCCCCUCUCCCCCCACUUCCCUCAAGAUGUGAGAGAUGGCCUGGGUUUACCUGUUGGCUCCAAAAACCUGGGCCAAAUGGAUACCUCAAGGCAGGGAGGAUGGGGUGGUCACACGGGGCCUGGAAACCAUGUCCAGCUACGUGGCAACCUGGCCAACUCAAAUAUGAUGUGGGGGGCACCAGCCCAGGCCGAGCCCACCGAAAGCUACCAAUAUACUUACUCCCAGGCCAGCGAGAUCCGCACCCAGAAGCUCACCAGCGGUGUCUUGCACAAGCUGGACUCUUUCACCCAGGUGUUUGCCAACCAAAACCUGAGAAUUCAGGUCAACAAUAUGGCCCAGGUGCUGCACACCCAGUCGGCAGUAAUGGAUGGAGCCCCCGACAGCGCCCUCCGCCAGCUGCUCUCUCAGAAGCCCAUGGAGCCCCCAGCACCGGCUAUCUCUUCCCGCUAUUCACAGGUGCCCCAGCAGCCUCACCCUGGUUUCACAGGUGGGCUGUCCAAACCAGCUCUUCAGGUCGGGCAGCACCCUCCCCCAGGGCACCUGUAUUAUGACUACCAGCAGCCACUGGCUCAGUUGCCAGGGCAGGGAGGACAAGCGUUGCAAGCCCCACAGAUGUUGUCCCAGCACAUGCCUCAGAUGCAGCAGCACCAGUAUUACCCACAACAGCCGCCACAGCAAGCUGGGCAGCAGCGGCUCUCCAUGCAGGAAAUGCAACAACAGCAACAACAACAGAUUCGCCCCCCACAGCCGCCGCAGCAGCAACAGCAGCAGCUACAAUUGCAGCCGCGGCAGGGUUCCAUGCAGAUACCUCAGUAUUAUCAACCCCAACCCAUGAUGCCGCACUUGCAAGAGCAGCAGCAGCAGCAGCAACAGAUGCACCUGCAGCCUCCUUCUUAUCACAGGGACCCUCACCAGUACACUCCGGAGCAGGCACAUGCUGUCCAACUGAUUCAGCUGGGCUCCAUGCCCCAGUACUACUACCAAGAGUCCCAACAGCCCUACAGCCACCCUCUCUACCAGCAGAGCCACCUGCCUCAGCACCAGCAGCGGGAAGACGGUCAACUGAAGACGUUUUCUAGCGACAGGCAGGCACAGGCCAUGCUGAGUUCUCACGGGGAUCUGGGCCCUCCUGACACAGGAAUGGGAGACUCAACUAGCUCAGACCUGCCUCGGGUCAGCAGUGCCCUCCCCCACCGACCGCUCCUGUCCCCCAGCGGGAUGCACCUCAAUAGCCUGGGGCCACAGCAUCAGCAAGCGUCUCCCAGUGCCGUGUGGCCCCAGAUGCACCUCCCUGACGGGCGAGCCCAACCAGCAUCCCCUGAGUCAAGUGGCCAAGCCAAAGGAGUGUUUGGGGAGCAGUUUGAUGCCAAGAACAAGCUGUGCCCCAUCUGCCUAAAGGAGUUCAAGAGCCUGCCUGCCCUGAAUGGCCACAUGCGGUCCCACGGGGGGAUGAGGGCCUCCCCCAGCCUCAAACAGGAGGAAGGAGAGAAGGCCCCGCCGCCACCGCCCCAGCCGCCACUGCCACCUCCUCCACCUCCGCCUCCGCCUCCACCCGCACCUGCACCGCCGCAGCUUCCUCCCGAGGCCGAAAGCCUCACACCUAUGGUCAUGCCCGUGUCUGUCCCUGUCAAGCUUCUCCCGCCCAAGCACAGCUCUCAGGGGUUCGCCAACAGCGUCGCUGCCGCCCCCGCCGCCGCCCGAGACCUGCCGGCCAGCUCCGUGUCCGACGAAGACAUGCCCGUGCUCGAAAUCCCCAGGAAGCUUCAACCCGGAGCACCGAAACCGGAAGAGCCCCCCAAGACGGUGCAGGAGAAGAAAAAGUUCCGGCACCGGCCGGAGCCCCUCUUCAUCCCGCCGCCACCUUCUUACAACCCAAGCCCAGCCUCCUACUCGGGCGCCACUUUGUACCAGAGCCAACUACGCUCCCCGCGCGUCCUCGGAGACCACCUGCUCCUCGAUCCCACACACGAGCUGCCCCCCUACACGCCGCCGCCCAUGCUGAGCCCAGUGCGCCAGGGCUCGGGGCUUUUCAGCAACGUCCUCAUCUCCGGCCACGGCACCGGCGCCCACCCGCAGCUGCCCCUCACGCCCCUCACGCCCACACCGCGGGUGCUGCUGUGUCGUUCCAACAGCAUUGAUGGCAACAAUGUGACAGUCACUCCAGGGCCUGGAGAACAGACCGUGGAUGUUGAACCACGCAUCAACAUUGGCUUGAGAUUCCAAGCAGAGAUUCCAGAACUCCAGGACAUCUCUUCCCUGGCUCAGGAUAAACACAAAGCCACACUGGUGUGGAAGCCCUGGCCAGAGUUGGAAAACCAUGACCUUCAGCAAAGAGUGGAGAAUCUUCUGAAUUUGUGCUGUUCCAGUGCAUUGCCAGGUGGAGGGACCAAUUCUGAAUUUGCUUUGCACUCUCUCUUUGAGGCCAAAGGUGAUGUGAUGGCUGCCCUGGAAAUGCUGCUGCUGCGGAAGCCAGUCAGGUUAAAAUGCCAUCCCUUGGCAAAUUACCACUAUGCCGGUUCGGACAAGUGGACAUCUCUAGAAAGAAAACUGUUUAAUAAAGCACUAGCCACUUACAGCAAAGACUUUAUUUUUGUACAAAAGAUGGUGAAGUCCAAGACUGUGGCUCAGUGUGUGGAGUACUACUACACAUGGAAAAAAAUAAUGCGACUGGGGCGGAAGCACCGGACACGCCUAGCGGAAAUCAUUGAUGAUUGCAUGACGAGUGAAGAAGAAGAAGAGUUAGAGGAGGAGGAGGAAGACAUGGAAGAAGAUAGGAAAUCCACGAAAGAAGAGGAGACUGAAGUGCCGAAGACCCCAGAGCCCCCACCGGUGCCCAUCCUGGCUCCCACCGAGGGGCCACCCCUACAGGCCCUUGGCCAGCCACCAGGCUCUUUCAUCUGUGAAAUGCCCAACUGCGGAGCCGUGUUCAGCUCUCGACAGGCCCUCAAUGGCCACGCUCGCAUCCAUGGCGGCACCAACCAGGUGACCAAAGCUCGGGGUGCCAUCCCCUCUGGGAAGCAGAAGCCUGGGGGAGCCCAGAGCGGCUACUGCUCGGUGAAGAGCUCACCCUCUCACAGCACCACCAGUGGUGAAACAGACCCCACCACCAUCUUCCCCUGCAAAGAAUGUGGCAAGGUCUUCUUCAAGAUCAAAAGCCGAAACGCGCACAUGAAAACCCACAGGCAGCAGGAGGAACAGCAGAGACAGAAGGCGCAGAAGGCAGCUUUCUCAGCCGAAAUGGCAGCCACAAUCGAGAGGACUACAGGGGCACCUGGGCUGCUGCCCCUGGACCAGCUGAGUCUGAUCAAACCCAUGAAGAACGUGGACGUCCUAGACCAGGAGGUGGUGCAGCAGCUGGGCGGCGUGGAGGAGGCUGAGGGAGUGGACACCGACCUGCUCCUGGACGAUCAGGAUUCAAUGCUGCUGCAGGGGGACACAGAACUCUAGAUCCCUGCGGAGCUGCCCAGGGACAGCGAGAAGCCACGGGCAGCCCCCUGUUCCACAUUCAUCAGGAAACCCGGACUGCCUGCCUGUGUUUGCAACCCUUUUUAACUACCUGUUUAAAAAGUGGUCGUUUUAGUCAGGUUUAGGGGCGGGGAGGGAAAAUCCAGUUUAAUCCAGUUUCUUUUCCUUUUGUUUAAAAAAAAAGUGUUGUGUGGGGGUUGGGGGGAAUAAAUGAUUGGCACAACUAUCUCGAAGAGGUGUUUCAUCUGGGCUGUGUUCUCAUGCAUCAUUCCCAGCAGGGAACACACCUGCUGUAACCACAUUCCGUUGCUAUUGGAUGUCAGCACUCCCUGUUGGCUUGCUGUGAGUGCGCACACGUGAAGCAGGCUAGCCUCCUGCUAGGACCUCGGGUUAGUUAGUUAGUCUGGUUCUGUUCUGACCCUCCCAGGAAGUACUCUUCCUCCUCAAACCACGGAAGAGCUAUUUUUUAUGUCAGCGCUGGUAAUGGUCUGACGUUAUUUUGUGUCACUUAGACGUCCUUAGGAUCACCUCAGCCAACUGGGAUUUCGCUGUCAUUCACAUCUCCUGGACUAAAGGUAAACUUUGGGGCUGGCUACAAGCAGUAGGAUUUUUCCAACCUGUUUGAGAGCAAAUACAAGGGAAAUAGUGCUGGGCAAGGCUGACGGAACGGUUUCAGAUACAGUUUAGGGGUCACGAAUACAUUCAGAUAUUGAGUGUGUUCAGGACAGGUCAUUUGGCAAAGCACUUCCAGACCUCCAAGAUACAUAACUACCCUUCCCCUGUGAGUGGGGCUGCUGUUUGUACUUGAAGGUAAUAAACCUCUCUAAUCCUCCAAAUAUGUCAUUGCCCAGGUUUUUGAGCUGAGUCAAACUGACCUAUCCCACUGUUAGGGCCAGAGUCGGACAGGGACACAGUCCCAGCCCAAAAGGGGAUCCUGCUUCUUGCGGCUCCUCCUCCCUCCCUCCCUCCCUCCCAGGUUAGCACUGAGGGACUGUCGGAGCAGGGGUGGUCAUGCCUUGGCCUGCCCCCCAGGGAAGUCAAAUCUCACUCCCUGCCAGCAGCAGUAUAAACAUGGCUCAGCUGCCGGGCCACUUGGCGGGCACAGCCUUGGCAUGGGACUGUGGUGGAGGUACCAGACUAUCCCCUGAGAUGACUUCUAAGUUUGUCUUCUUGUGUCACACAUACUCACAAGGGGAUCUCAGGAAAGUUGUAUAAGAGAGAGGAAAAAAAAAAAAAAACAGGCUAUUUCGCUCUCCCAUCAGAGAAGAGGUCCUGGCCACUCUCCUUUUCUUGAGAAAGAAAACAAAAAAAAGCUCAUGGGCUGCCAUUUCAGUCAGGUUAUUCUGGCCUGGUGGUUUUUGGUUUUUCUUUUUUCCCCUAGUUUUGAGUUGAAAACCACCUGAGCAGCAUGCAUGAGGGGACAGAAAUAUUCCAAAAACCACUCUCAACUGUCCUUAGCCAGUCACCCUAUUCCCUGCUGUCCCUGCCCUGGACUUUUGCUGGUGGUCUGGGAGUGAGUCUGAAACUGUCGGUCCAUGGAAGCUUAUCUCUGCUGAGAGCAAACGCCCAGAGAAAUGUUUAUAAAACGAUGCGUUUCUUCUUUUUGGAGAUUUGCCCAGCUGUUCUGGUUUUAAACAUUGAAAAAAUAAAUAAAUAAACUGAGUUGCCUCGGCAAGCAUAUCAUGCACAAUUUGAUGUUCAUCUCCCAUGCAGUAUAGUGAAAGGGUUUGUGACUUGAAAUAACCAAAGAACUCCUUAGCGAGACGGUUCAAAUUCCUGAAUUAAUGUUUUCUUGACUAUCAACUUUAAAAGAAUGGACUUCCUAGUUAAAUAUUGCACUUGGCUUUGUUCCUGCAUUGACUCCCUGCAUGUGUGUGUGUGUGUGUGUGUGUUGUGUUUUAGCGGCCGCCCCCACCCCAAGUCUUUCGCUUCCUGAUGGCUAAUGUCUUCAACACAUUUACUGUUUACUAUCACAUGGUUUUUCAUUAGUGGAUUUAGACCUCUUUGAGAAAGCCUGUAUAUAAAAUGUUAACAGAUAUAUUUUAUGGAAAAAAAAACCCAUCUUAUUUUCAAAUAUAUUUAACUGCUGUUAUAUUUUAUUAGAGGAAGGUUGUAAAUAUUUUCUAGGAGUUCUAUUGUAAAGAAAAAGUAUUUUUGAAAAAAAUUAAUGUAAUAAAAAAGGAAAACAUUUUUAAAUAGUGCUUGUGAUGGCUUCCUGUUCUGGCUUUGUUCUGUUUGUUUUCAGCAGAUGGCUUGCAUGCUUCCAUAUCAGGAUGUAAUUUAUUCAGGUUUGCACUAUUAUAAGUUGACAUCACCAUAUCGCGUGUGCUUAACGAUGUUGCCGGAAUGCAAUUCCCUUGGUCCAUAUCAAAGCACUCUGUAUAGCAUAUUCUUCAUUUUUUCUUUUGUAAUGUGUGUAUUUUUUAAUAAGGAUUUUAUGUAACAUUUUGGCAAAAAAAAAAAAAAGGACAGUAUUUUCUAGUGAAUUUUAUAACAUUUUGCUAAAAAUGUUUCUUCCUAGGUCAGUUUUUGUUAAGGUGAACCAAAAGUCUUAUUUUACCAGGGGUUAAAAAAAAAGUUUGAAGCUUGAAAGCAAAGUUAUAUUUAAACAUCAAUGUAACAAAUAAAUAAAAAAAUGUUUUAUAGA